AUGCAGUGCCUGAAGAGACGAGAAGAGGAUGAUAUACUUCUUAUUAAUGUGGUGAUUGAACAAAUGAUCUGUGAUACUGACCCUGAGCUGGGAGGUGCUGUUCAGUUAAUGGGACUUCUUCGUACGCUAAUUGAUCCAGAGAACAUGUUGGCUACAACUAAUAAAACUGAAAAGAGUGAAUUUUUAAAUUUCUUCUACAACCAUUGUAUGCAUGUCCUCACAGCUCCACUUUUGACCAAUACGUCAGAAGACAAAUGUGAGAAAAAUGAUAUGCUUGGAUCUAACAAAACCAACACAAUUUGCCCUGAUAAUUAUCAAACAGCACAGCUACUUGCCUUAAUUUUAGAGCUACUCACGUUUUGUGUGGAACAUCACACAUACCACAUAAAAAACUACAUCAUGAACAAGGACUUGCUGAGAAGAGUCUUGGUGUUGAUGAACUCAAAGCACACUUUUCUGGCUUUGUGUGCUCUUCGCUUUAUGAGGCGAAUAAUUGGCCUGAAAGAUGAAUUUUAUAAUCGUUACAUCACCAAAGGAAAUCUUUUUGAACCAGUUGUAAAUGCCCUUUUGGAUAAUGGAACGCGGUACAAUCUAUUAAAUUCAGCUGUUAUUGAACUGUUUGAAUUUAUAAGAGUGGAAGAUAUCAAGUCUCUUACUGCACAUAUAGUUGAAAACUUUUACAAAGCACUUGAAUCGAUUGAAUAUGUUCAGACUUUCAAAGGAUUGAAGACUAAAUAUGAACAAGAAAAAGACAGACAAAAUCAGAAACUGAACAGUGUACCAUCUAUAUUGCGUAGUAACCGAUAUCGCAGAGAUGCAAAAGCCUUGGAAGAGGAUGAAGAAAUGUGGUUUAAUGAAGAUGAUGAAGACGAAGGAAAGGCAACUGUAACGCCAGUUGAAAAAUCUAAAACUGAAGAUGACUUUCCAGAUAGUUAUGAAAAAUUUAUGGAAACUAAAAAAGCAAAAGAAAGUGAAGACAAGGAAAACCUUCCCAAAAGGACAUCUUCUGGUGGCUUCAAAUUUACUUUCUCCCAUUCCCCCAGUGCUGCUAAUGGAACAAACAGUACCAAUAGUAAGUCUGUAGUGGCUCAGACAACACCAGCAAGUUCUAAUGGGUCCUCUUCCAAAACAACAAACUUGGCUGCAUCAAUGACAGCCACUAAGGGAAGUUUGGUUGGCUUAGUGGACUACCCAGAUGAUGAAGAAGAAGAUGAGGAGGAAGAAUCAUCCCCCAGGAAAAGACCUCGACUUGGCUCAUAGAAUACUUGCUAGGGGACUCCAACACAUGGUCUUACUAAAACGCUGCAGCUGCUCACUGAGCUCAAGUCUGACGGAAAGCUUUCUAUGGAACUUAACACACACAGAGUAGCAGAGACUCAGUUACCAGGUAGGAAAGUGUAGUUGUGUAAGAAACCAGGCUUCCCAAGAACUUAAUUGUUUCCUAGUAAUUAAACGCUUUGCCUUUCGGGCUAUCCAAAAAAAAAAAAAAACAAAAGAGAGAGCGAGAUGAUAAUUGGAGCCUGGGUGAAAGCUUCCCAUCAAGGGAAGUCUCCGGUUUAGGGGAGGAAGGUUGAUUUAAGACAGGGUUGCUCCGGGGAGUCCAACCUAGAGAGACUUGUGAGACUUCAGUACCCAAUAACAUUGCUUGUAUAAUGGUGCUGGCCAUGUUUUAAUCAGUUGCCUCUUUUUAAAAGAAACUUCUAUGUAAAACAAAUUAAACUGUCAUUAGAAAUGAAGUUACGUUAUUGGGACCAUUUCUUUAAGGAUAUCACAGAAGUCAGUUUUUGGUGUUUGACGGACAUGCACCCUAGAACAGCACACACCAAUUCCUCUAUACCAAGAACUUCUAAUACAUUAAACAACAAAAAAGCUGGGUUCCAAAUGGAUAGUUUUCUUAAUAGAUCUUCAAUGUCAGCAUUUUUAGAGGUAACAGCAGCCAAGAAACACAACAGCAGUGUUCUGAAAUGGUCCUCUUCAGAAAAACUCAGGAGUGGCUGUGUUUCCAGUGAAUCACUUUCUACUGUCUCAGUCAAGUUAGGUCUGGGUCUCCUCAGAGCUGCUGACAAAUAUAUAAAAACCAAUAAAGAAUGGUGCUGAGUUACAUGGCAUUUACUAUCUAGAAGUCAUUUGAUCCUAGAGGUUACCUAAGUGUCAGAGUCACAUGCAGAUGGGAAGCUUUUCCAUGGACAAGGGGGUAACAUGAAAGCUGCUUUUUUAACAGAUUUAAAAAGCACAUUCCAUGUUCGUAAAUGAAUUUAAAAUAAUUGGGGCAAACUAUUAAGAGCUUUUAUUUUUAGAACAAGUUAAUUGUAAAUAUUUUAAUGUUAGUUUGCUCAUCUAUGAUGUGAGAUCAUUGCUGAGAUAAGAAAAAUGACCCCAAACUACAAUUUAAUGCAUUGAGGAAAAAUUCUAAAAAUAGUAAUUUCAGCUCCAGUCUUUAGAUCAGCUUUGUAAUGUGUUAUGGGUCCAUUUUUCCUGGAAUAGCUUAAAAGCAGUUUCCUGUGUUGGAGAUUUUGGAGUUAAUUUUAAUUUGGGCUAUUGUUUGGAAAAGAUGGGCUGUCUGUGUAGAUAUGAAGUAUAGUUUUUCCAUAAAACAGAUGUUUAUUUUGUAUUAAAAAUACCACUGUACUUGUUUUACACCAUUUGUAUACAUGUGGUGAUAUUAAUGCUAAACUGUAAAAUUCAGGAAUUAAAAUGUGACCCUGUAAUUCCA